CUGGCAUUACCACCGCCAUUUUGAAACGCGUGCGAAGCUAACACCCUUUGUUGCCUCACUUUAGUAUUCUGCGUCACUUGUAGAACUGUUCACUAUUAUUUGCCAAAAUGUCUACUGAAAAAGGGUACGUCAAAACCAAUUUUAUUUAAAUUAACAUUUUAACAAUGAAUUAAUUUACUAUUUAGGCUCCGCACAAAUUUAAGAUAGGAGGGUUUAAAAAUAAAAAGGAAGGUUAUUUUAUUUGUGACGUAGGGCCAGAGCCUUGUUAAGUAGCGACAUAAUUUAAUGCAUUGAGUGUACAUUAGUGGAACGCUUAUUUGAGAUACAAAAUUGCAAUAGCUUGUACUAGUUUAUGGUUUGAAAUGGAUGCUUCACUUCAAUUUGACUUGUCCAUAGUCACUCAGUAGUCAGUAGUCUCACAGAUUCAGAUUGAGAUAGGUUUUGAGUAGGUACUGUUAGAAAAACAAUUGCCUGGGACUAUUUGCACCCGGGUUCCAGAACAGAGACGUUGGGAUUAAAAAUCUAUUAAAAAUAUUAUUGUUCGGUUUGUAAGACAAAAUGAGGUAUCAAAAGAAAGAUGAUUGAAUGGACUAUAUGUAUGUAAACUUAAUUCUUAAAAUUUAACUAAAAUAAACUGCCACAAAUGACAGAUUGGCAUUUGGUCAAAGUGUACCCGGCCAUGCAACCAUGCCAUGCAACCCUGCCAUUCGGACACGGGUCCCAUUAGACUCUAUACCAUUUGGAUGUCAUUUUGGACCUUGGUAUCCACGAGAAAUACCCGAAAAAUGGGUAUCGUAACUUCGUUUUCAAAAUGGCUACCUCCACUUUUUAAUUUACUGAGGGUAUUGUUGCUUCGCCUUUUAUGGUCAAUAUUCAUAAUAAAUUCUACAUCCGCCAAAUACUUAAAGCCGACAUCUUGCGUUGUAUAGAGUUCGUUUGAUUUUUUUUUUUCAAGGCUAAAGCUUUGAAAAUUGAAGUUAAAAAUAGGGAAACUUCACACAUCAAUAACUUUAAAAAAAAAAGGUUUCUUUAAAAUAAAAAGGGUUUCUUCAAGUUAUACUUUAUAGGGUCAUUUAUAACAUAUCCAAAAUUCAUGAGUGUAGAUAGAUACUUUGGUCAAAAAUGUAAACAUUUUUUAAAAAUAAACCAAUGGCACAGUUGAAUAGAGCAAAUUUUAAACAUAAUUAUAACACCAAAAUCAUAUUUUUAGCUGUUGUAGUUUUAAAGUUAUGAAUUUUUAAAGUACGACUUGGUUUGUCAUUUUUUAACAUAGACUGCAUCUCCACAUUCUGUGACCUCAUUCCACUGAUCGCGUCAUGCGCAAUGACUAUAUAGUUUAUAUAAGGCAAUGCAUUCCCUUAUCACUAAAAUACUGUUUAGGGUCGACUUAUUUUAAACUUUCAACUUUGGCACAUGAAUAAUUAAUAAAAGCUUUCCCUGACCAAUGGUUUAAUAGCUUUUGCACACGGCAAACUCUUAUGAAUGAAACUCUGAGAUAGUACUACAACGUAGCCGUUAUGCAAGUGGCUGUGAAUGGUUGCCAAUGACAACGUGUUGCACAGGGAAAAUUCUGAUCAUUUAUAUUAUGGACUCUGCAGGGUUUUUAAAGCUCAAAUUAAAACAUUUCCAGUUUAAAUGUCUUCAAAAUGCAUUCUGAAACACAAAAUAUAAAAUAUUUUGAUGUAUAUAGUGGUAAUAAUUAAAUAUUUCCUAAGUAUCGGCAACUUCCGCCAUUAAAAAGGGGGCGUGGCCCACGCCAUGUCGAAAUUAGGCUGAGCCACCUUAUGGUGAUAUGGGUCACUGUGACAAGUGUAACAAACGUGAGACACGACCUACAUCAAUGAAACUUGGCACAGAUAUAGAUCAAUAUCUAAUGCUCAUACAGAUUUAAUAAAAAAGGACCUUAUCUUAUUAUUUCACAAAAAAUUUUGUAUGCGAAGAUGCCUUAUAUAUACCAAAGAUUUUCAAAAUAAAGGUCGAUUGAAAAAAGCAAAAUAGCUGGCUAGAAAUGUAGGCCAAGAUGUCUUCCAAAUUAUAAGGCCGGAAACGGAACUCAAAUAUAUGUGGAAAGAACUAAUUUAAUAAUAAAUAGACACACACAUCGGAAAAUUAAAAACUCGGAUUUUUCGGCGCCGACGCCCAUUUCCGAUACAAAAAAAAUAGUAGUCUCCCUUCUUUCAUCGAAGUAUCUAGUGUAGACCAUCGGCAGGCUUCAAAAACGAAAAUCUAAGAGGUCAUGUUUUUUAGGCUAUGUAAUUUGUCAUCAUGGCCACCAUGCUUGUCUGCUUAUUUGAUAGCAGCCGUGGGGUAGUUAAUGAUUCAUUAUAUUUGUUUUACAGAAUAUAAUAAUAAUUGGGAAAUAUAACUAUUAAUAAAUAAUUGAGGGUUGUUUACCUUGGGCCAUGGACUUGGGAUUGAUAACCACUUGUAUUUGAUUUUGAUUUAGAACAGGCUUAGUUGAAAUAUAUUAUAAUAAUAGUAAUGAUUUGGUGAGUGGGAUAAAUGGCUUAAUAAAUAAUACAUUAUAUUAUUUUAUAUAUUAUAUCAAUACAUAUAGGGCUACAGCCUAUAUUAUAUGAAGUGUCUACAAGUCCGGCGCCGGACAAAUAGUGCGCAAGAUAUACGUCCGGCGGCAUGUCACGUGACCGCCGGACGGCUAGUAGUUUUUAUAAUUCCGAAAGAAGUGCAGUUUGGUAGAUCUUGUGUGGUCUACUGGUAGAGUGGUCGCUUGACGAUAUUAUGAUUUGAGGAUCAAUACCGGGGAUAGGAUCUUUUUUUUUUUCUUCCCAUUUUAAUUAAAAUUAUUUUAUACUAUAUUCGAAGGGUGGGCCAAUAAAAGUGAGAACAUCUCGUAAAAUAUUACGCAACGCAAUGUUCUCACUUUAAUUGGCCCACCCUGUAUAUUAAUGUUCAUCAGCGACAGUAGUUUUAUGAGAAGUUUUUAAAUAUUUUGUAGCAAUUUAAACAAUUUAAAAUGAAAUCUUUUACUUUUAUUGGUUGCCUACUCCACACUGGCCCCUAAUUAAUUUUAUGGGUUACUGGUACACAAACUCAAAUAACAAACUAAACAAAAAUGUUAACAUGCCACUUUCACUUUUUUUCUAUUAUUUGCAUUCAAGAUACUCAGUACAUUACUUGGUAGAGAUAUAGGUUUUAAAAUUAAUAAUAAUUGAAGCAGUCAACGGGACAAGGCUGACCGACAAGAUAUCUCUCACCACUUUGUUAUGGCAGUCAUGUGACUUGCUUGCUGGACAAAUAGUGCGGGAGACAUGUCCGCUACCUAUAUUAUAUAUAUAUAUAUAUAUAUAUCUUUAUAUGUAUAUAUAUAUAUUUAUUUAAUAUAUAUUAUAUAGUCCUAUAAGCUUUGAAUAAUAUAUAGUAUAGGCCUAACUCCAACCAAAUUUAUUAUUUGUAGGGCUUAUUGUAAAAAAGUAUGUAAUGAAAUUUUACACUAUAUCAUCAUGAUUUUGAAGGCAUAAAAUAAGUAAAAAUUUAAAUUAUAUUCACUUACCUUGGUAUCGAAAUAUCCUUUAUUUAAUCACAUAUCACAAAUAUUCCACAAGUGAAUUAUUGUAUAAUCCUAAUUAUUUGCAAAGAAAAAACUCACUUUCUGCCACAAUAAUCAAGGAUUUCUUACGAUAUUAUUAAAGAACAAUAAUACAAACUUGUACUUACCUCAAGCAAAUGACUCGAAAUUAUUUUAAUUUUUAUCAACCGCAAAAGUUGAUUCUUAAAAUUCAUGUUGAUUUGUGAAACAACAUAUUACUAACUUAAAAUAAAUGACAUACUAAUUUUUGUCAUAUUCAAGGACUAAAAUACAUAAUAGAAAAUGGUAAAAUAAAGUGUAAUCGUAAAUUUUAACUAAAUGAAACAAAUAAUCCUUUUAUUUGUUUAUACUUAUAAAUGUUAAACAAUUCCACUGAAUUCCAUUGACACAAAUACACUUCCAUAGAUAUACAGAAUAAGACUUUUUUUAAAGACUUAAAAGUUGAACUUCUAUAUAAAUUUUAUAGUGAAAGAUGCCUUAUAUUUAAAGGGGAAUCUCAAAAUACAGGUCGAUUAAAAAUUAAAACAAAUCAAUGUAAAUGUAGGCCAAGAUGUCUGCCUAAUUAUAAGGCUGGAAACAGAACUCAAAUAUAUUGCGAAAGUACUCAUUUAAUAAUAAAUAGACACACACAUCGGAAAAUAAAAACUCUGAUUUUUCGGCGACUAUUUCUAUUUCCGAUACACAAAAAAAGUAUUCACCCUCUCAUUGUCAUAAACUUCUUUAGGGUGUAGGGUACUUCAGGAUUCUUGAGUAGACUGCAGACAUGGCAUUAUAUUUUAGUUCUCAUUGACAAAGAAUGGAAGUCAGAAUCUUUGUAUUAGAUGUGUUGUAGCCGAAUGCAUCUGGGCUGAUGUAGUUACGGUUAUUGAAUAAUAGACCAUGAACAGAAUGCAAGUCUUUUGAUACUUGUUUGGCUGUAUUCUUAUCCUAUAGCCAAUGUUCUUUUGUUUGUGUAAAGUCCAAUACUGAUCAUGUAACCCACUGCAGGCCUAACUUGCUUAAUUGAAGCAAUGUUGUAAUGAAAUCAGUGCUGGCAGUGAUACCCGUAGAAAUUAAAUGCAUGUUCAAAUGGUCACAUACAACAGAUGUGUUGUGAUAUGUGUUAAAUAGCUCUUUGACAAUAAGGCACUCUUUGAAUAGAAUCUAUUAUGAGAGCAUGUUCAGGAAAGGCAGCUACAGGCAUUACUCUUCGAAAGGUAAAUGGAAUCCUCGAAGGGACGAAGACAAUCUUGACUGCUCUUCAAUGGUAUGAUCCUUUACUUUCCAGUCUUUAGGUUCAAGGAGAUGCCAACAGAUAAUCUAGAGAUGAUGAAAAAAUAGUAUGGCUAUACUAUAAUUAGUUCUAGAAAUAAAAAGUAAAAAUUCUAGGAUUUUGUUCCGAGUUGAUGUGAUUCAAAAUAAUUUUUACACUUUCUAACGAUAGUCAUAUCAUAAAUAAAAUUCAUUUAAAAAUAUUUAGGCAGAGAAAGUAAAGUUGCAUAGUCCAGAGAUGCUAUAUAUUUUAUUAGGAUUCAUUUCUAAAACAAUAUAUUUAACGCUUACUGUGGAGCACGUGCAUAGGACUAUGUUUCGUUUAGUUAGGACUAGAGAGAUAAUUCCAGCACAGCAUGGAACUAUUGCAAUAAUUAUGUAAACAAGAAAAAUAAUGUUUAAUAAUAAGUGGAUUUUUUAUUUAUUAUAAAAAUGCUCAAAUCAACUUACCAUCAAUGAUUUCUUGUGUUAAUUUCGAGUCCAUCAAUUAAAAUUGAUAAUAAGUUCUUUGAAAAAUAACAUAAAUUUUCAGACCCAAAUAUGUAUAUGUAGCGCUGUACUACGUGUAACUAAGGGCUAAAAAGACAAGCUUUGGCUUCGUUGGUUUUAUUUUCCUGAAAAUGUAGGCUUACCAUAUCACUUAUAAAUAUUUAACAAAUUUAAAAUAUAUUUAAAAAAAAACCAACCCUUUACAGAAAAGUAUACAUUAGAGGUUAAUCUAGCAGAAAACCCUGUAAUCUCAUUUUGGAAAAAAAUAACCAAACUAUCGAUUUUUUUUUUCACCUGUGGACCACCUUAAAUGGAGGGAGACCUAAAUUUGUGCUAAAAGGACACCUGUAUUAUAAUACAUGCAUAUAAAAAAAUAAAAAACUCGGAUUCUAUUUGGCCGACGCCCAUUUCAGAUACAUAUUUUCUAGGAGUGUCCCUUGCUUCAGCAAAGUGCCUUAUUAGGCAAUUAGUAAUUACUGAUUUAAAGUUUUUUUUAAUGACAUGCUGCAUAUUUAUUUUAGGGCAUGCGGGUGGCUUAUGAUUAUGCAGACACAAAAAUCAGAGCAGACACAUAAUAUAAUCUAUGAACGCUCUCAUUUGGUUCAUCAAUAACAUUUUGUCUCAAAUGAUACUGGUGUCCACACGCAUAAUGUUGAAAUUAUGUGGAUGUGCGCUAAGACAGUAUGGCACACGCUGCUAUCUUCUCCCUUCUAAAUAUUUGCAAGAGUUCAUGUCCCGCAAAUGUAUUUGUGGGUAUAUUUUGUAAAACUUCAGUGGGGGAACUUUGUAUAAACUAGUUUUUUUUCAUACAUGAAGUAAGAUAAUGUUGGUUUGCCGCACCACUCGUUUCCCCACAGCCUCCAUCUUGGUUAACAUAACUGCAAACACUGCUAAAAUGGAGGGAGGGGGAAGAGAAAAAAUUAAGUUUUUAGUUGCUUACCAAGAGAAAGGAAAACGAAGGAAAUGUUUAAAUUUAAUGAAAUAAUUCCUUCCGAACAUAAAUUUUGUGGCGAAUAUAGCAACUUUAUUGUAUCCCUAUAGUGUUUUAUGUGGCAAGAAUUGUCAAACGACCUGGGGUUGCCCACUUUCCUGGCUUUAUUUUAGCCGGUAGUUAGUGUAAACAAGAAGAAAAACAAUACGAAAUGCAUAACAUAAUCAAAACCUAACUUAGUUUCAUGUAAAACAAUUUUUUAUUGCAGGUUCAACCAAAAAUAAAAUCCAAAAGUUGUUAAAAAAUUAAAUACAUAAUGCCCGAAUUUUUAAAUAUUACCACCCAAUUAAGUUAUAAUUUAAAACAUUGGCAUAUUAAUAGUAAAGAAAACAACAUUCCACAAAUAAACAUAGGGGGUGAAUCCUACACAAACUGGGGCACCGAACCAUUAGCCUUCACUUCUUACUUGGGCUGAAAUGAAUAUGUACUUUGCUUUUUUUAAACCAUUUACCUAGAUCUAACUAAAUUUCAUCUUAUCAAUAAAAGAUUGAAAACGUUUUAAAAGUACUCCAAACCACAACUUGAUUUUUUAAACACUUGAUUAUUCAUCACUCCUUUCUCAUUUGUCAACAAAAUGAUGCGUCCCCCUGAGUCUUCAGAUUUCUUAAUUUUAAUAAAGUAAGCCAGAAGUUCUUAUCGUAGUUCACUUUCAAUCUUUGAGUGCUUUUGGUUUAUGAAUUGUUACAGAGAACUUGUUUACAUCAUAUUUCUUGUGCGUGACCUCUGAUUGACCCCGCAUGAGACGCUGUGUUCACAAAGGGGCGUGGCUUAGGCCUUUGAAGUAUCCUUGUAUACACCGCCAGCCACUAAAAAUAAUUAAUCUGUUCCAAAUAGUAUUUGGUAGAAUGAUUGGGAUUUUUCUCGAAAUGUCUCGAAGGCAGGGCUUGGGCGUCGGUAGACCCACCUAUAUAAGGGAUUGACAGGCACGGACGAGGGACGGAGAUUUUCAUAUACAUUCUCUUAACAUUACGAGGCGUGUUUUAUUCUUUGUGUAUUUGUGUGCUCCUACUUAUGUGUUUAUUUCGCAUUAUUUAUUGGCAUCGUUAUUUCUAAUUGUAUUAACUGUGUACCAGUACGACAUCUGCCAUACUGUAAGUUGAAGAUUGUAAUUAUAUUUUUAUUUUAUUUUGUAAUUAUCUUAAGACAUAAUAAAUCUUAAUUAAUUGUAACUAGUAACUGUUUUGGGUCGUAUCUAUAAUAUUGUUGAUUAUAUGGUAUCGUCCUUUGUUAGGCACUGUUUACAACGAGCCAAUUAAAAUUAAAAUAGGAGAUUACUUUCUCCCAAUACAAGUCAGUGCGUAACAGAAUGCUUUUGGCUUAGUGCGGUGCAUCUUUUAUUAAGUCUGUUAGUUUUGCGUGUUAUUGCAAGAUCCUCUAAUUCAAGUCUGUAUUCCAGUACAUCAGUUUUCAACUUACAAGUUGUAACAUACAACAUAUAGGUUUUUCAGCACCCCCGUGCCAUGACUACAUUUCCAAAAUACUUUCUGUCUCUUGUGACCUGGGUAUUAGCUCUGUGGGUCGACCUUUUCCAGAGCAGGUGUUUUUUUAAAAUGUUGACAGCCCAACUGAAAUCAAAUUAUUUAAAUUUGUUUUUGUGUUUGAAGUAGGUGCUUGAUUGUAUUGUCUUUCACUUUCAAGUCUAAAAAUAUCUUGUUCCACUAUUUAUUUAAAAAAGGAGCUAAGUAACUAGUAAAAUUUAGGGGUAAAGAACAAGUUUUGUCUUUAUAAAUGAUUACACCUGGUUUUCUAAACAAAAUUCCACCUUAGUGUGGAUGCACCUUUUGACAAAUAAAUGCAAUAUAUUUUUUAGGGUAAGAAACAAAAAUUGAGACUUAUUUGACUUUCUCCAUUUUAAAACAUUUAAAAUUAAACGUCAUUUUAGGUUGCAUCAUUUACCUAUGCUUUUUCAUCUUUCAAAUUUAAACCAUGACUUAACAAAUUUGCUUCUUUUUAAACCUUAUGCCUCUUAAAGCCUUUCAAUAAGAUUGCUAUCACAUUUUACUAUUUUUUAUAUUUAUUGAUUGACCUUUCUUGAAUUGUAAAUUACACUUUUUUUUUCAACAGAAAAAUAUUUGUCGGUGGAUUGAGCUGGGACACUGAUAAAGGUUAAUUAUUUAAAUUAGUAACCUUUUGAAUUGUUUUGUUAAAUGAUUAUACUUUAUUUACCGUAUAAUAGCUUAUUUCAAUAUGCAAUUUUUUGACAUGCCCAAAUUUCUCAGAGUGUAUUGUUGCUGUACAAGUUGCACAGGGCUCAUUUGCUCUUCUCAUCAUAAUUGCUUUAAAACUGGAUAGGGGCUUUAAAGUUUAACUAUGAAAUUUCUUUGCGAAAUUGUGAUAUAUAAUCAUUCAAAUUUGAUCCCUUGGCUUUUGAACAGAUGAAAUUAGAAUAGUUAAUAUUUAUUGUUUCUUCAUUCGGUCAACAGAUGCUCUGCAAGCUUAUUUUUCACAAUAUGGAGAAGUCACGGAUUGUGUUGUUAUGAAUAACCCACAAACAGGAAAAUCAAGAGGAUUUGGUUUUGUUACAUUCAAGGACCCUUCUGCUGUUGAUGUUAUACUGGCAACUGCUAAACAUACUAUAGAUGGCAGAAAUGUAUGUAAUUCUUUUUUUACACUUGUAUACAGGGUUGAGGAGAUUUAAAUUGGUCUGAUAAAAAUGAUUAAGAUUUUAAGACAUUGAAUUUUUACCGGGAUAUUUAUCUAAUCUUUUUAUAUAUUUAAAAUGCAUUUUCUAGAAGACCUGUUUGUUUUUAUAUAAUAAUAGUCGCAUAUAUUUCUCAUACUUUGUUCCGACUUGCAAAAGCAGGAAAAUUAGUUUUUCUGUUCAAAAUAUUUAAUUGAAAGGCUUUAUUUGAAUCGAAUGGUAUAUUUUGACACUAAAUAAAUCAUUAUGAAAAUAUUUAAAUAAAUUUCUGUAAAAGUUAAAGCAAUCCUGCAGAAAAUGAGUCUAAAAAAUUAAUAUACCAGUACUUGAACAUCCUUUUAAAAAAAUUACUUUUAAAUUUGAAAAUCAGAUUAAAUCAAUUUUAUUUAUUUUGAUCCUGAUAUUUCUGAAAAUAUUUGUCAGUACUUCCUUUUCUUUUAUUUUAUUUAAUGUUUAGAAUUCAUAGCAUAUCGAUGUAGUUUCAGAGUUAUAAAAGUUAUUUUUUAUUAAAAAUAGUACUAAAUUCUUUUUAUCAGUUACAUAAUUACAAUAUUAUUACACCUGGAUCACUAUUUGUCUAUAUUACACCUGGAUCACUAUUUGUCUAAGCUUACAUAAGUUAGCAGGUGUGGCAUGUUUCAUAGUGCAAAUCGACAAAUGAAAAGCUAUUCGAGGGCCGCAUAUAUAUUUUGCCAUAUUAGCAUUACAGCACAAAGGUCAAGGACUGUUGGCAAAAAUAGAAAAUUGGCAAGAAAUAUUAAUGAAGCGGUACAUGAAAUUGCGUAAAAUUCAAUAAGAUAACUAGAUAAACUAGUCAUUUUUUAAAUUUCUUUAUGCAUUGGGGGCAGCAUAACAUCAGUUGCCGGGCCGUAUGUGGCCAGUGGCCCGUAGUUCUGAGUUAAAGGAUAAUAUUUGCAGGACUGCUGUCAAAUUUAAAUAGUGGUACAAGAUAUGUUGAGGCUUCAAUGUAAAUGACAUGACAGUUGAGAAGUUAUUUUCUUAGUAAUAAGUAUUUAGUUUAUUUUAAUCUCUAAUAUUUAUAAGGGGUUCCUAUUCAUUUUGAUGAUUAUUACUUUUUUAUUGAAUAGGUUGAUGCAAAAGCCUGCAGUGCUAGGGGAGCUGGUGGUGGUAGUGGCACCAAUGGUGGCCGGGUAAGUUUGUAAAUAAGAUUCUAAGACGUGUCUUCACCUGUUUCAGUGUGGAAGGGAUUUCAGACCCGUUUCCUCGGCAUAUGAUUUUGAGGUGUCUUUUACGAUGGUAUGCAGACUUGUCACAACUAUGAUUUUAAGAAAAACCAUAAAUUCAUGUAGUUUUUUAAAAAGUACAUUUUCGGUUGUCAGUUUUAACCUGCUCUCUUCAUCCAGCAGUACGAAUGGUUGACAAAAUAUUAUGUUUGCCCUGAGAAAUGAAGGCGGUGGUGUUGAUUUGGGAUAUUUUGUGUACGGCUGUGCCGGGAAGUGGGGGGGGUCUAAAUAUUUAAGUCUAUAAAAUUAGCUUCCACAUUUUCGUAAUGAUAGUGGUGAUUGUAAUAUUUAUGCUUUGUCUUUUUCUUAACUUGCUAGACACAUCAACUGUAAUAUUAGCAUAGUUGCCAAUUUUAGUCAGUCCUCGCUUGUGUUUUCUUGCUGUAUGAUGGAAUUUUUGGACAUAAUUUUUCAUUCGGCAAACCAACACACUCUUCCUAUUUCAAUUAGACAAUAAUAUAUUUGUGGGAAUGGGCUAAUGAAUAUUGGUUCUUUUUCUUUUUUGAAAACCAGGUCCUUUAUUAAAAUUUUAAGUUACUUAGUAGGUUUUUAGAAUUUCAAUAAAAUAAUAUCUGUAGCAAGUACGCAUCUGUAAGCAGAGUGCCUGCAGAUUGAAAUAUGUCGAUCAUCUAUUUUAACACCAGCUUUGACGAUUCCACUAGGCACUGCGAUGAGAGUAGUUAUUGGUAUUUAUUAUAUAUAUUGCGUGUUUAUUUGCAUGCUUAUUCAUAUACUAAGUUUCUGUGUUGUACGUUUUAAGAGUUCGAGGGUGAACAGGUCUGCAUUUGAAAUACAUAUUUUAUGUUUUAAGAAAAGGUGGUUGAAUAAUUAAGGAGAUGUGUUGACUUGCCCAGUAUUCUUAUUCUAAAAUACUUAUUUACUCUUUAAGCUUUGAUUUUAGAUAACCAAAUUUUUGUUACAAUUUUAGGCUGGUGGCCGUGGAGCUGGCGGUGGAUAUACAGGCAGAACUACAAAAAUUUUUGUUGGUGGUUUGCCCAAUGAUGCUAAUAGUGAUAAUCUCAAAAGUUACUUUGCAAGGUUUGGCGAGGUAGGUAUAGAAAUGCUAAUAAAUAUGUUGUUACAAGGUUUUUAUUUUGUUACCAGAGGUCGCAAGAUUUAACUUUUUAUAUAUAAAUUGGAUUGUUAAAAAAAGCUGCAUAACAUUGCACCAGAGGAGGGCUAUUUGAAAACUGAUAUUAAAGCUAGUGUUAAUAAAAUGUAUAAUUUUAGCCCUUAGUGUACCAGGCUUGUCUUUUUGCAAUGACCUACUUUUUGUUCUGAAACUAUUAUGGAGCUUUAAUUGGGAUUAGAUGAUUCAGAUGCUGAUGAGGAAGAGGGGGAUGAAAUUGUUGAAGGAAAUAGGCCUGCUAUUGCUCAAAGUUUACACCUACAGGAACCUGUAGGUUUCACAUGUUUUAGACUAGUGUCAACGUAGAUAUUGAUUUAUUUAGAUCGACUGGACACUGUGCUAGCCAGAAAAUCCCCUUGUGUGCCAUUGGCAAUGAAAAGUUUACAAAACACAUUAGUAUUUUUAACACUCUUAUCCAUUCACCCGUAUCCAUUUCUGAACAGAUAAUUCUCUACAUGUUAUCAAUUGUUUAAAGCAAAAAGGUUUAAAAAUUUGCAAACCUAUCAAAUUUUGGCUUGUUCCAAAAUAAUGUCUGGGCCACAGGGAAUAAUUAGCAAAAUAAUCUGAGGCUAUAUAUAUAGCAAAAAAGUAGAUAUGUCCUGUAAGGGUUAAAAUUUUUAAGCCAAAAACCAUCUUCAGCUGCAAAACACUUGUUAUAUGUAUGCGUGUAGUGUCUAAAAUGCACUGAUUGCGGAACAAUGUGGAUUUUAAUAUCUUAGCACAUCAUUCCAUAAGAAUUCUUAAGGUCUCAUGUUUGAAGGUCUGUAAGCAAACUCCCUACUUUUGACAGUACCCAUUCUCCACUGCAAGAAAAGGGUGAGAGGUCAAACAAAAAAAAAAAAAAAAAAAACGUGAGAGGUAAAACAAAAAAAAAAAAAAAAGAACUGGUGAACUAAAAAUAAAAUAAAAAAAUUCACACAAAUGGCUAUAGCAGUAUGUUUAGAUGUUGAUUGAAAGUGUGUGUUUCUUUGGAUUUUUUUAUAUGUGGCAUAAUAAUUCUGCAGGUUCUUGAUGUAGUGAUUAUGUAUGAUGAAGAGAAGACCAGACCGAGGGGUGAGUUUUUUACAUCUAAAAUUAAAUUUAAUGUAGUUAUUUGAAGAGUUGACCUAUAUUUACACUUGUGAUCUUUUUCUUUGUGAUCAGUUCCAAAUUAACAUCCAAUGGUCUUUAGAUUCUGUCAAAUUGUUGUGGGUGUCCUUAGCUUUUAGUCCAGUCUCUUAGACAUUUAUUUUCUCCAUUAAUAGAUUGGUAAUUGACUCCUGUAUAGUAUGCAAUUCAAAAGUGUUUAUUUAAAAUUAAUUUAUUACAAAAUAUGAUAUAGUUUAAUUAACAUAUUGGAUAUUUCAUAAGCUUCUAAUCACUUGUGUGGGGUUUUUGUGUCCAUGGGUUUAUUAGUAAGUUUUGUAGGUUUUAAAGGUUUCUGGCUUAAACAAGGGAAUAAAGAUGUCUUCAUUAGCAGAUUCAUUUCUUUAGGUUUUUGCAAGGACUGUUGACACUACUUUAAUUAUCUCUUAUCAUGAAGUUCCUUGAUAGUAAUUUUUUAAAAACAUCUUUUUGCAUUAGUGUAUUAUGUUUAUAUAAUUUAUGUUUAGUAAAAAGCUAACUUAAUAGGUGACAUCUUCUUGUGAAAUUCGUUUUGAAAUGUUCAAACAUUUUUAGGUGACUUAAUUAUCUCAUUACUUCUUAAGGUAGUUUUUGCAAUAUUAUCUCAUUUAUCUUUAAGGCAGUGUUCUUUUCUUCCUUCAAAAGAUGGUGUAUUAAAUUAAUGUUAGUAUUUUCAUAGAAACAAGUUCUUUUUAGUAAUACCUCUAUCAUGAAGUUAGCAGGAAUUAUGGAUUCAAUGUAUUUCUUCACAUUACUCUGUAUCUCAGAAGUUUGACAUAGUUAUUAUGUUAAUUUAUUUUUAAUAGCGGUGGAAGUACAUUUUAAGGACUUACAGUUUAACCUUAAGUUGCAUGCAGUUUGAUGUGUUACAAAUUUUUCGAAGGAUUUGUUGAUUUAUAGACUUAGACAUUUUUAAAAUUUUGAUAAUAAUUUAUUUAAAGUAAAUGAUUUUUUUUUAAAAUAAAUUUUUUGUUAUUGGAUCAAUUCUUGUAAGUUUUAGACAAAUAUUUUGUGGCUUGUUUUUUUUAAAAACCAUUUAGUAAAAAUGUUUUAUUGAAUUUUCAUAAAUGAUGUCCACAAUUAUUUAGUCAUAGAAUUUACAUAAUUUUUUUACAUUUUUAAAAAAAUGUCUGUAUUAGUUUUAGUUGUUUUAAGGAUAAAAUCAAAGAGUUGAAUGAGUGAUUAGUAUUUGACACUUGUCUAGAUAAUUCUAAAUUGUCAUGCAUAGUUCAACACCUUAAUUGACACAAACUAAUAAUUUUUGUAUAAUUUUUGUUCUUCUGAUCUCUCAAUGCGACUUCUCUUCAUGUGGUUUCAGAGCUCUUUUUAAAAGAAAUUUCCAUUGUUUGUUACUGUUCAGCGAGUUUCUUUGGGUCCAAACAUUUGUAAAUCUUGCAUAAUAGCCAACGCUUCAGUUAUUCAACAGUUUUUACAGCCCUUUAACACUACUGUAUUACAGAUCAUAUCAUUUACAUUUCAUGCAAGCAGUGUUUCCAGUUUCUCAAGAGUGGAGAUCUGUGUCUCGUUUUUAAAAAAGAAUGUCACAAUUUUUGCUGUGGUCUUUAUCUGGCUCUGAAUUAUUUUGCCUAUUAGUUCAUGUAUAUCCCAGCACCAAAUAACACUCUUCCAAGACAUUAACAUUUAAUAACAAAACAUGCACUUUUCAAUCUGAUGACCACUUUAUUCAAUGACAAUUUUACAGAACAAAACAAACUCUAGCAUGUUUAGCUCACCUUGCAAAUGUUAUUUCUCUUCUGGUUAUGUUACCCGUAGGCUUUGGAUUUUUGACCUUCGACAGUGAAGAUGCAGUUGAGGCAGCAGUUAAAGAGCACUUUAUGGACUUCAAUGGAAAAAAGGUUAAAUGAGUCUCUUUGGUAUCUCGUUCAUGACUUAGUCGUUGCUAAGUGAUGACUCCUUGGUUUGGUUAAGAAGAUGGCUUUGCAAUUUUUUUCCUAGAGAUCAUCAAGACGAUGCAACUGGUGGACCACAGUUUAAUUAUUUUAAUUUAAAAAUUAAGUUAUAAUUAUUUUUUAAGUUAGCAGUUUUGUGACCGGUUUAGUGACUGCACUUACAUUAAGUACCAUUGUUUUAAUUUUUAAAAAAUUAAAUGAGUUAGAAUUUCACCGAAUUGUAUACAUUUUUUUAGUAUACGGUUUAAGUAGUCUGGAACACAGUUUUUGUGUUUCCCAUACUUGUGAAUUUGUAAAUUUGUAUGUUUAAUUUUAAGCUUGUGAUAGCUUUUUUAAGCCUUGCUAAAUUUAUGAAAGUUAACUAAGACUGAUUUAAAAGGUGUUAAAAGUAUUUUUAAGUGUGAUGUAAGUCGUGCAGGCAUCUUAACAACAACUGCUUAUAAUUAGUGCAACAUAAUAUACUUCAAAUUACAAGUAUCAAAUUUAUGCUAAAAUUUUUAUAUUUUUUUUUGGUUAAAAUUUUAGUUUGCCAUCACAUGUUUGUCACUUCUUAAUCAAGAUACCAACCUCGUCUCUUAAUUUUAACUGGUGGUGAAUGUUUUAAAUUUAUAAGGGGUAAUUAUUGUUGAAUACCUUCAUCUUUUUGGGUGUCAACCUGUGGUAUUGUUAUUGUGCAACUAAUGUUUAAUUGGUAUGGUAGUGUUUCUUGCUGAAACGAAUUAUUGUCUCUGCCUUGGGUUUCAAAUUUUAAUUAAUUAAUGUUAUCAAUUUAUUUAUUAUUUGCUCUUAGAUUGAGUGCAAACGUGCAGAACCUCGCCAGGGAGGUGGUGGUGGCAGAGGAGGAAAACAAAUGCAUAACAAUUAUAACGGUGACCAAAGUUGGGGAGGAAUGGGUGAUGGCUCCAAUUGGAACCAGUAUGGAUAUGGGCAACAAGGUUACGGUGGCUAUGGAGGACAAGGAUAUGACCAGAGUUGGGGUCAACAAGGUUAUGGAGCUCAGGGUUAUGGACAGGUGAGUUAUUUUGUUUGCUGAUAACAUUCAACCUAGGACAUAUUAAUGUCUUAAAAACUUGUAAUCUUUGAAAUUUUCGUUCAGUAAUCGUCUGAAUGAUUCAAUUUAAAGGGUCAAGAAUUAUCAGGCUCUAUUUCUUGCUCCUGUUUUUAAAAGUAUUUGUUGCUCUUUAUUAUCUUUCAGUAAGUUCAAUCAAAGGUAAUUUGUGUAUUUCCUUUUUUUUCAGAAUUGGGGGCAGCAAGGAUAUGGUGCUCAAGGUUAUGGACAGCAGGGCUAUGGUCAGCAACAGGGCUGGACUGGCCAGCAAGCAAACGGUGAGUUAACCGAAGGUAUGUGUCACAGCAAUUUUUUCAUUUUUUCUUAACCUGUAAUUUUUUUUACAAAAGUCUUAAUGCCUUAUUUUUUUUUUCUAGAAAUUAAUAAAAUCUCUGAAUUGGGCAAUAAGUCUUCCGUAGGAAAGAGACUUAUUUUUUCUUUCUGCCCAGGUCAAGGCCAAGGCUUUGGUGGCUACAGUGGUUCAGGAUUUAAUAAUUAUAGUGGCAGUCAAGGUAUGACAAUGGAAACUUGCUCACGUUUUUUUCCAUUAUCAUAAAUUCUGUCUGCUUCACUUUCUUAUCCCUUUUUAAAGGAAUACAGUGCGUUUUUAAAAUGGUUUCUUUUUUCACCAUUAAAUGUUUCAAAUUUUUUGCAAAUAUCUAUUUUAAUUGAAACUGUAGGAGGGAGCUCCUUGGCUGAAUUUUUUUUUUAAAAUUAUGCGGCAUAUUUAAAACUUAAAUCAGUAACAUCAAUAAUAUACUAAAAGGGUUAAAUUUUUUUCAGCAUUGUUGUACUAAGCAGGUCAACCAUAUAUUUUGCUGUUAUUAUUCUGUCAUAAUGUCAGCGCGCCAUCUUUUUAAAAAAUGAAAAAGCAUAGCCUUAAUAGCCAUUGGUUUUUCAAUUUUUGGAUCUUAAAAAUAAAAAAUUGUUGCCCAUUUGAUGUCUCAUCAUGUAAGUUUUUCCAUAUGGCAUUGGGUGAUCUUUAGAGUUUCGAGUAAGUGGUAUACUUUUUUUCCUGUUCAGGUCAAGGGCAAAGCUAUGGGGGCUACAGUGGUCAAGGAUUUAGUAAUUAUGGUGGUGGCAACCAAGGUAUGACAUGAGUCUCAAUUUUUUGGCUUUGGACAUAUGUCUAUUGGUUAUAGCAGUGGGGUCUCUUAGGUUUGAAAAAUCUUAAUGCCUUCUGGCUGAAGGAACAGUUUUUUAAAAAAAAAACCUGAAUCCCCAAUGCACACAGAACCCACUAUUUUUCAUUCUUCACAUCAUGUGUGCCUAAAGCAUGAGACAUCUAGCUAUUUAUCAAGGAAGGAGAAAUACCAUUUUAAUGUUUAAAACAAAAUUUUACUAACUGUUACUUAAAAAAAAAAUUGUUUCUUUUCUAAAAUGUGGAAACUGAAUAUUUUUUUAAAAAAUGACAAAUUAUUUUCCUUACUUGAAAAAAAAAUAUAAUAAAUUCAGUGAGAAGUUCAUAGGCAACCUCAUUUUGAAGACCCUAGAGACCCUAUUGGUUAUAACCAAUAUACCUUUUUGACAGACAGCGUUUUAUUUCGACUGUUCGUUAAAAAAAAUUUUGCAAUGAAAUGAAAGUAAUGCACUCUUGGUUUCCUAAUAAUUACAUUUUUUUAUAUUUUUUUAGGUUAUAGCGGAAGUGGAUCUCAAGAUGGAUAUGGCAAUGGUUACCAACAGACACAAACAGCUGGUCGUGCACCAAGCACAGGAGGUAGCACACCUCAAGGAUAUCAUCCUUACAAACGUUGAUCUUGUUGUUUUUUUUAAAAUAUAUUUUUUAAUGUCAUUCAUGAUGGCUUUUAAUAUGACAUUGGUUGAACAUAGUGUGCAAGGAUACGUUUUUAUUGAAGAAAUAUUCAGUAAUUUUAAAAUUCAAAAUUUUGCACGUGAAUGUUUCGAAAGCCAGCUGAAAUAUUUUUUAAAUAAAUUUUUGUCAUGCAUAUUUUAAAUGUUGAAUGUAUCUUGUUACCCUUUUCUAAUGAAACCUGUAAGGAUAGCAAUCUUAACAUCUUAUAUGCUGACUUUUCUAAUGAACAUACAAUUUUAAGAUUGCAAAAUAAUUUGAGUUGGAACAAGUUGCAUUUCCCUGUAAUAUCUUUAAAAAGUUAUUUUACUUGAAAUUAAAGUGUUAUAAACCAAUUUUGGGGUGGGGGCGAUGAUAGUUCCUUGUUUAAAACUGAAAAUUGUGUGGUUUCACACAUUUAGGAUGGACCAGUUCAUUUGUUCCUGAAAUGUGAGAUUUAUCAUGAAAUGAUUGAAUUUGGAUUGUUAGCUUUGCUGUCCCUUUAUUUGUUGAGGCAGCUUUCACAAGAGCAUUGUAAUACCAUAGAAUGAUUCAGAUGUACAACUUUUGUGUUUUCACAUCAUUUGUAAACUGUUUUUGUCUCAAAUUUUCAUAUUGUAUUGUACAUAUUUCAAUAAAUAACAAUUCAUUGAAGGACUGCUCUUUAUUUCAUCUCUUAAUUUAUUGUCAAGUCUAGUCUUACAACCUAGUCCAUUGAAACCAAAUACCGGUAUUUUUUUACACUUGUUUUAUAACCAGAGUGUUUUAUAACCAGAGUUCCAAUUGACUUCAAGCAAAAGCAGUGCAGAAAGUCAAUUUAACUUAUUUGGAGCUGGAACCAUAUGUACAUAUAAGUAGCUUCAGCUUUAUUGCUCUCACAUACACAAUUUUGUUACUUUAUCACAUACACCUCUAAUUUAAACGUGAACAAUAUUUUAAAUCUUAAAGAUAAUAAUAUAUAUUUUAUUCACAAUUUUGUCCCAACUACUUCACCUCCCACAUAAAGCUACUGCAACUUGCAUAAUCAUGAUUUUAAUCAUAAAUGGCUCAUUUUACUGCUUGCUCUUCUGCUGUAUUGGAUGUCUUCUUUUGCUGUGAUUGUAAUUAUGUCUCCAUUGCAGUUCUCUGAUUCAACCAUUUGUAGAAAACCUUGUACAACUUUUUCUACCCUGUAAUUGUAAUAAUGUAAAUAGCAAAUAAUAAAAAGCUUCAAUUACUUGAAAUACUAGAACAAGUACUGGUACCUACAACAGCAAGUCUUCGAAAACAUAUUUACUUGAUAAUUGAUAACUUCACCUGUUAAUUCCCAAAUGUUUAGUUAUCCUUUGUCCAUCCUCAAAAUACAGCAUUUGCUUUU